AAUAAUUAAUCCGUCGACAGAAGGCCGGAGACGAUCCCCGGCCGACGAGCCGUUCUGGACCCGCGCGAGACGUCCGACGCACGCAACAAGACCGGGCGCUCUGUUCUCAUCCUGGGCGCAUCAGGCACCGGCCGCUCCACCGGGCGCGGCACCCGGCGACGGAUGCAACGCUGCCCCCUACUCGACUUGGCGGACCGAAACGGGGGAAACGGAGGCUUUGGCUUUGCCGCUUUGGUGGCAGCCGGGAGACGGAAGAGUUCCCGCCGAUGGCUCCGCAAUCCCCGGCUCGAGGACGACGUGGCCACCGGGAGACUACUAUUACUCUGCCGUAUCUCAGGGGGACGCGUUGCUGCUGAGCACCAUGGACCAUAACAGGCGGACGGCGGACGAGUGGAUGGGCCUCCUCCUUGGAAACGGGGCGUCCGCCGAGGGCGGGAUGGAGGCUGCGGCGGAUGUGGGAGGUGGGCUCUCAAGGGUCGGAGCAUCGCGGUGUCGCCGGCUCGUCGCCGGCCCCGGAGGACGGGAGAGAGGACGACGUUAUGGACACGGACGAGCCAUCAUGGGAUCUCCCCGACUCCCUCGACGGGACGAACGGAAUGAUGGAUCCCCGCGCGCUGGAUACAAGCCGGGUACGUACUGGUGUGUAUUAGUGGGUGUUGAUAUUGUGGAAUUUGGUCGCGGCAGAUGCUAUUACUUAGCUGAAGGUUGUUAACAACAUAAUUAACCAACGCAAUAAAUGAGGUCUGAAUGACCUUAGGUAAUUACGGUGUCCUUCCAAUUUGGGUACCUAUUGAUGAUGAGUUAGAUACCUGGCAUGGGAAGAAUUCAACUACCUAGAUUAAUCAAGAAGUCUAUUAUCUG